CUCAUUUCCCCUAAAAUCACAGCACUCUCCUCUCUAUCUCCAUUUCACUCCAUUAAUCCCAUUCUCAUUUCCCAGAUUCUGGAAUCGGUUUUUUGAUAAUCCGAUUAUAACUUUCCAUUAUCCAUUGAAAGCUUGAUUACUUCACUGAUUAAAAGGAAUCUGAAUCCGAUUCUCUUCAUUGCCUGGUCAUCAAACCCAGAUUAUUCAGUAUGCAGGGAUUGGGGCAUAAACUAUUCACUCUUGGAUUUUAUUUGUAAUGCAAUCACCUAAUAAGAGCAAGAGGAAACGGAACUUAACACGAACGAGAUCACUAACGGACGAUAUGCCUGUAACUGAUUCGACUGCUGCAAAUGUUCUGGAUGAUUGCACUAUGUUCCCGGUCGAAGAGAUAGUUCAGUAUCCAUUACCAGGUUGUGGAGUACCAAUUUCAGUUAGUUUUAGCCCCGAUGAUAGUCUGAUAGCGUAUUUGUUUAGCCCUGAUCAGAGUUUGUAUAGAAAAGUGUUCGUAUUUGAUCCUAAGAGUGGGAAGCAUGAAUUGUUUUUCAGCCCACCAGAUGGUGGGCUUGACGAGAAUAAUUUGUCUGCUGAAGAGAAGUUGAGGAGGGAAAGGUCGAGGGAGCGUGGAUUAGGGGUAACACGGUAUGAAUGGGUGAAGACGAGCUCAAAGAGAAAAAGAGUUAUAGUACUUCUACCAGCUGGGAUCUAUAUUCAGGACACUGCUGCUCAACCAGAACUUAAACUUCAAAGUGCUUCUUGCUCAACGAUUAUAGAUCCACAUGUCUCACCAGAUGGCACCAUGCUUGCUUAUGUGAGGGAUAAUGAGCUGCAUGUGUUAAACCUUCUGUACAACAUGUCAAAGCAGUUGACAAUGGGCGCCAAUGAGAAUUCUAUAACACAUGGCCUUGCUGAGUACAUUGCCCAGUGGUGGUCACUAGACAGCAAAUAUAUUGCAUUCACCGAGGUGGAUUCAUCUGAGAUACCCCGCUUUAGGAUCAUGCACCAAGGCAAAAAUUCUGUGGGUUCAGAUGCACAGGAAGACCAUGCUUACCCUUUUGCUGGCAGUUCAAACGUGAAAGUUCGUUUGGGGGUUGUUUCUGCCAACGGAGGACCAGUUAGUUGGAUGGAUCUUCAUUGCGGUGGAGACCGGGUAGAAAAUGAGGAAUAUUUGGCGAGAGUUAACUGGAUGCGUGGAAAUAUUCUCACGGCUCAGGUGCUGAAUAGAACACAUUCUAAACUGAAAAUCCUCAGGUUUGAUAUAAAAACUGGUCAGAGGAAAGUCAUCUUGGAAGAAGAACACGAAACAUGGAUCAAUCUACAUGACUGUUUCACGCCAUUAGACAAAGUACCUAAUAAGUCAACUGCUGGAUUCAUCUGGGCUAGUGAAAAAACAGGAUUUAAACAUUUGUAUUUGUACGAUAUAGAUGGAGAGUGUUUGGGACCAAUCACUCAAGGUGAUUGGAUGGUUGAGCAAGUUGCUGGUGUGAAUGAGGUUACUGGCGUCGUUUAUUUUACUGGAACUCUAGAUGGUCCUUUGGAAUCUCAUCUUUACUGCACCAACUUAUUCCCGGAUGCAGGCCAUUCCUUACAGGUUCCCAUGAGAUUGACACAGGGAAAGGGAAAACAUGUGGUUGUGCUGGAUCAUCAGCUUCAGAGGUUUGUAGAUAUCCAUGAUUCCUUGGGUUCACCUCCCAAAGUUACUCUAAACUCUUUGCUCGAUGGAAGCUUGAUUACGUCUUUUUAUGAGCAGCCAGUCUAUAAUCCCAGAUUCAAGAAACUCCAGCUUGAGUUUCCAGAGAUAAUUAAGGUAGAGGCGAAGGACGGAACUGCUUUGUAUGGAGCACUAUACAAACCUGAUGUUGCAAGAUUUGGACCACCGCCGUACAAAACGAUGAUUCAAGUUUAUGGUGGCCCCGGUGUACAACUAGUGUGUGAUUCUUGGAUAAACACAGUCGACAUGAGAGCCCAAUAUCUGAGAAGUAAAGGCAUAUUAGUUUGGAAGAUGGAUAACAGAGGAUCCGCUCGACGUGGGCUCAAAUUUGAAGGUGCCAUCAAAUACAACUGCGGCCAGAUUGAGGCCGAGGAUCAACUAACUGGAGCAGAAUGGCUCAUUAACCACGGGUUAGCCCAACCUGGUCACAUUGGCUUGUACGGAUGGAGUUACGGCGGAUACCUCUCAGCCAUGACCCUCGCAAGGUUUCCUGAAGUUUUCAAAUGUGCAGUCUCUGGUGCUCCAGUCACAUCAUGGGACGGAUAUGACACAUUUUAUACUGAAAAAUACAUGGGUUUGCCUUCCGAAAAAGAGUCGAGCUAUCUACGCAGUUCCGUAAUGCACCAUGUUGAUAACAUGAAAGGGAAGCUGCUGCUUGUGCACGGUAUGAUAGAUGAGAACGUGCAUUUCAGGCACACAGCGAGGCUUGUGAACGCGCUUGUGGCAGCUGGGAAACCUUACGAGUUGUUGAUUUUCCCAGACGAAAGGCACAUGCCUCGUCGGCUUAGGGACCGCACAUACAUGGAGGACAGAAUAUGGGAUUUUAUCCAGAGGAGUUUGUAGAUAACUUCUUCAGUUGGUAGAAAAUUUGUGGAGAUGGAUCCGGUCCUUGAUGAAGAAGAUGGCACUUUAGGUGCUCGAUCCUUGAUGUUUGGAACCCUUCUGAUUCUCCUUUCAGCUUACUGAACCGGAAAUGCACCUUGUAUCUAAUGUUUCAUUUAAUUCGACCUUGUAACUUCAAUGUAAUAAACCUUGCUGCCUCCUACUCUUAUCAUAUAUGAGUAAUAAGCAAUAUUUGGGAUUGGGUAUACGCAAUUA